AUGGAAGCAAAAUUACGGAGGUCAAAGGUCAAAAAGACUGCUCAAAUAGAUCCAUUGGACAUCACCGAAUCGCUUGGUUAUAAAACACAUCGGAAGAAUGGUAGAAACUCGUGGUCCAAGGAAGACGAUGAGGAGCUUAGGGCAAUUUUGAAUGACACAUUUAUGGGACUCGGCUACAAGAACGGGAUUGAGGAUAUAAAGUCAAUUCAAGAAUCUGAACUAUCGUGCACCAAAAUUUCGUGGGAAGAUAUCGCUGUGAAGUUUAAAAACGGCAGUAGAAAACCGAAAGAUUUGAGAAAGCGCUGGACAUCAUCUCUUGAUCCAAAUUUGAAGAAAGGCAAAUGGGCAUCCGAAGAAGACACUCUCCUGAUGCAAGCGUACAAGAAACACGGUCCUCAUUGGUUAAGUGUCGCUGAAGAAAUUUCAGGAAGGACCGAAGAUCAGUGUGCAAAAAGAUAUAUAGAAAUUUUAGGUCCCAGCAGCGAAGGUAGACUACGAAAAUGGACUCUAGAAGAAGACUUAAGUUUGGUCAGUAAGGUUAAACUAUACGGCACACGGUGGAGACGAAUAUCUUCUGAAUUAGAAUUUAGACCAAGUCUCACAUGUAGAAACCGUUGGAGGAAACUUAUCACGUCAGUAGUUCGAGGAAGGGCCCCUCCAGAGAUUGUUAAAGCUGUGAAGGAAAAACAGGAGCUUGAUUUGAUGAAUGAAUCCUUGAAGAAUAACAUAGGAGGACUUUCAAAUACGGAGCAAAAUGCAACGGUAGAUCUUAUCUCAGUGGAGGAGGCUGAGAAGAUAAAUUAUGAAGAUACGUCAGAUGACCUAGUGCGACGCAAACUGCAAGACGGUAGUCCGCUUUCGCCGUUGGCUGACUCGAAAGAAAAACUUGAAUUUGAAGAGACGAAACAAAAUUCCGUGAAUUUACGUAAUUUCGACAACACAAAUAGUGCCACCACCUCAGCCGUUCCCCAGUUCCAUUCCGAUAAAAAAAAUACGAAUAAUGCAUUCGUGUCAAGAAGUGAGAAGGAGGAGCUCAAUGCAGACACUGUUGAUGAAACCAUUGACUCUGGAGGCAGAGUCCCAUUGGCCCCUGUGAAGGACGUUCCUGCUUUCCCUGCAAGAGCGACUCUACUGGAGGACUCGUUCUUUGGUGAUAGGUCCGAUCCACAGCCUCCUGCAGAUAAUCGUCAUGUUGGGCAUCUGCCGACUUCAAGGUCUGAUACUCGACAGGACACUGAAAAACUUUCAUUGCCACAUGCUGGCCAGAUGGAAUGGAAGUUUAUCCUCAAAGACGGGCAUGGCUUAUCACUAUCAAGUGGCACGGUCGCUAGCUCAGAACUGGUAAAAGAACUUAUCGAUCAAGCUAGGAAAUACUCGCUAAAGAUUUCCAUUCACCAACACAUCCACAAUCAUUAUGGGCAACAACCAGAUGCUCAUCCAUUGCAAUCUGCUUAUCCUGAUAAUUUAAGUCAUUUUAGGGCUCCCAAUAUAUCUUCGAUGGUUCCCGGAGGAUUACUUCCACAUACAAUGCCCGAUUUUUUCAAUACAUCAUCGGAAUUUAGAACGGCGUCUACGGCUGUCGAGCAACCUGCUGAUAAUGACUUUUUAUCACAAACACCGACCUAUAAUGUGUUUGGAUUAGAACCUUCUCCACAACCAGAUAACUCUCAUUUGUCCAAUUCUAGUAAUUUUUUCCAAAAAAAUCAAUCUCAAUCAAUACUAGUACAAGCAAAUCAAUCUUCACCCAAUUAUCCAGGAAAAACGGGUACGAAUAGCUCAACGGGAUCACGUAGCUCUUGUGGAGAUGAUGUUCAGGAUAUUGGAAGAAAUCGCGUUUCUCAUUUCAACUAUCUUCCGGCAACAGUAAAGCCACAGUUGGGUUCAUCAGAUUCGACAAAAGCAACAGACCUGAGUAAGCUUUUAAACCCCAGCCCCGCAAAUUCAAUAAUAAGUAAAAGAGGCAAAAAAAAUAGGAAAAAUGGACGAUCAGAGAGCCCUUAUCGAUCUUUGAGUCGACGAGAUUCAUCAAAUACUCCCCCUGUUGAAAACAAUAGUAGGCAACAAAAAUCAAAUGAUACACCUGGGACAGCAUCUUCAAUUAACGAAGAAGAAGGGCUAGAUUUCUGGGAAAGUUUGCGUUCCUUAGCUGGUGGACCUGUAAUCCAAGAAGACGGCACAAAUACAAAUCAACGAGAUGAGGAGGACUACCAUCUUUUCUAUGGUCUUUUGGAUGGUAAGGUUGAACAAUCUGAUCAUGAGGAACUUAUGGAGGCUAAUAAGUCGACUGCUGAGAAGAGCAAAAGUGCUCUACUCCCGUUCAACCCCAGCUGA